AUGAGAGGCAUGAGUCUCUACAACGCCCUGAAACUGAACUUUCAUUGGGCAGUUCAUCUUAGGCAACAGAUCCUUGACUAUGGACCAGUCUACAACUUUUGGGCCUUUCUCUCUGAGCGUCUCAACAAAGUCCUCAAGAGUUCAAACUUGAACAACUGGACUGGGGGGCAGAUUGAGAUUUCAAUGAUGAGGGAGUUUGCACAUGGUGCUCAGAUAGAUUCUCUGGCUCAUGAUGCAAUAGCAAAUGCUGAAAGUCCAAUUGUCAAGAUGCUUCUAGAAUGCAUGCUCAGCGAUGACCACAAGGUCUCUGGAACAAUCCAGGAUGCUGCCGCUGGGACAGGCUUUGACAAAUUGAGUCCAUAUUUGCAUGACCAACCUGGUCCAUUGAUACCAAACCCACAACAACUCAGUGAUGCAGCUCGUGUUGCAUUAUAUACUCACUAUAACUCACAACAACCCCACAGUGUUCAUUAUGCACUCGAAGCAAAUCCCCGUCCAGGUUCAUCUCAACUCAAUGACUUUGCAUUGUACUAUCAGUUCACACUUCUAGAUGAACGUCGGAUCUCACUGUUGGCAAGAAGCACUGGAGAGUCUGCUGGAUCAUCUCUUGUCAAGGUCGCAUACAUGGAUAAGUCAUGCGAAGAUGGAGCUCCCCCUACUGUUCUUCCAUUUGAUCAAAUUACAAGCCAGAUCGCUCGUGGAAUCAUCAAGACCAGUAAUCCAGAGUUGUGGAUAACAACAACACUUGACCGGCAUCCUACUGUUUAG